AUGUGUGAAAAAGUGAUGGAUUUCGAUUCACUACUUGCUGAGGUUGGCGAUUUUGGUCCAUUUCAAAUCAUAUUAUUUUUUGUAAUAUGUUUACCGGCAAGUUUACCAUCCGCAUUUUCGGCUUUCAAUCAACCAUUUGUUGUUGGUCAACCGGAUCAUCGAUGCCGUUUGCCCGAAGGACGUGAAGAUUUAAGUCCAAUAAACGAAUUUGCUACACCGGAAGAAAUGAGUUGUCGACAAUAUAAUGCUACUGAAGUUGAUUUAUUGUUGAAUUCCACCAUUAUCAAUGAUAAGAAAUAUUUGAGAAAUCUCUCAUUGAUAUCAUGUCAAAUAGGUUGGGUUUAUGAUAAUAGCGUCUAUAUUGAUACAUUGGUUACUGAGUACGAUUUGGUAUGUGAUCAAAAAUAUUGGGUUGAUUUAACAAGUAUGGCAUUUUACAUUGGUAGCUUCAUUGGUAAUGUACUAUUCGGAUAUAUUGCUGAUAAAUUUGGACGCCGCGUAUCAUUUUUUAUGAUCCUUGCAACACUUGUCGUAUGUGGUACAACAAAUUCAUUUGCAUGGGGUACUUAUUCAUUUAUGGUGCUACGAUUGCUCACCGGAUUAGCAUUUCCGGCACUUUUUCAAUUACCCUUUAUUAUAAGUAUGGAAUUUAUGGGCGAAUCGGGUCGAAUAUUUUCCAGUGUUGUACUCGAUGUAUUCUUUGGAACAGCUUUGGUAUUACUUGGUUUCUUAGCUAUGCUUAUUCGUCGUUGGCGACAGCUAAUUUUUUUUAGCAAUGCACCAUUUGUUAUUUUGUUUACUUAUUAUUUCAUUGUUCCGGAAUCACCACGAUGGUUAGUUUCGGUUGGCCGAUAUGCUGAAGCUAAAAGUAUUAUUAAACGUUUAGCAAAAAUUAAUGGACGAAAUGAGGUCGAUGUUGAUGAUCUAAUGUUAAAGUUCAUCAGAAGUAGAUGUAAUUUAACGUCACAUUUAAAUAAACACAAUUUAACUGAUUUAUUUCGGACACCAAAUCUUCGGAAGAAAACUAUUCUUAUCACCUAUAUUUGGUUUGUGAAUGCAGUUGUUUAUAACUGUUUAACAUAUAAUAUAUCAAAUCUUCCUGUUAAUGAUUUCUUGUCAUUUAUUAUUAAUGGUGCUGUAGAAUUGCCAGCUUAUUUUCUUGUUUGGCCAUUACUUGAUGCUAUUGGACGUCGUUGGUCAUUAGCUGGACCUAUGAUACUUGCCGGAUUAGCAUGCAUUUCGACAAUUUUAACACCUAUUACAUACGAACAUCCAUUAUUUGUCGCAAUAAUGGCAUAUAUAGGUAAAUUUGGAAUUGCCGGAAGUUUUGCCGUAAUAUAUCUAUUUUCCGGAGAAUUAUAUCCAACUGUUUUACGUGCUCUUGGUAUGGGUAUGAGUUCGAUGAUUGCUGGUUCUGGAUUAAUUCUUGCACCAUAUGUUGUACGGCUGGGUGAUUACUUGCGUACAUUACCAUUGAUACUUAUGGGUUUACUUGCAAUAUCAGCUGGUAUAGCAUCAUUCUUUCUACCAGAAACAAUGGGUAAACCAAUACCACAAACAGUUGAAGAAGCAGAAUUAUUCGGAAAAUCUCAGAAGUCUCAGUCUCAUUUCCUAACAAAGGAAGAAGAGACAUAUGGAAGUGUGGUAGUGCUUGAAGCUGGAAGAAAUUCAGAAGUUUUAUUAAUGGAAAAGACAUCUACUGCCGCAUCCUCAGGUGAAUUUCUUGGAUUUCUGAUACCAGAUGAAGAUUUCAAAGAAGUUUUGGUUUGA